CAGAUCCCAUUUUCCAAGCUCCAGCUAAAUCAUGUUCGCUAAAAGCCAGCUUGUUGCCUUGGUCGCUGCCGCGGCGCUUUCGCUCAAGGGUGUCCAGGCGUUCCCUGUCACCGUAACGAGCUUCCCUUCUAGCUUCGCAGGCUUCCCAACCUGCAGCACACAGACCAUCACACAGACGGGUAGCAUUCCCCCCUUUGACCCCAACUGCUCCGUCGUAGUCACCAUGACGCAGACGGGUGGUCCCACCUGCACGAGCACCAACACCAUCACCGUCACGCAGGCGUUCCCCUCGAGCGCUUCAGGCUCCCCGGUUCCAAGUGGCUCGUUCCCCUUCAGCGACUUCCCCGGUCCCACUGGAACGCUCCAGGUUUUCCCUUUCCCCAGUGGCAGCGCGUUCCCGAGUGGUGAAUUCCCCUCAGGCUUCCCGAGCAGUGGACCAGUCUUUACGCAGAGACACACUGCGUUCCCUAGUGGUGGCUUCCCGUUCCCCAGUGGUGCUUUCCCAAGCGGCGAAUUCCCCGUCUCUAGUGCGUUCCCUAGUGGCGAAUUCCCCUUCCCCAGCGGCCCCUUCCCAAGCGGCGAAUUCCCCGUCUCUAGUGCGUUCCCUAGUGGCGAAUUCCCCAUCCCCAGCGGGCCCUUCCCUAGUGGAGACUUCCCCUUCCCCAGCGGUCCCUUCCCUAGUGGCGAUUUCCCCUUCCCGAGUGGUGCAUUCCCUAGUGGCGAGUUCCCUUUCCCGAGCAGCGCAUUCCCGAGCGGAGACUUCCCCUUCCCCAGCAGCGGUCCCGUCUUAACUCAGCGCCCAACUGUUUUCCCCAGCAGCGGCCCCGUCUUCACCCAACGCCCCACCGCCAGCGGCUCGGUAGGACCCUUCCCCGUGCCCCUGCCGUCCGGCCCCCUCUGCGACGACGCGGUCGUCACCGUGACCAUCCCUGCCAGCGGCGCCAUCAACCCAGCCAUCCCGUCCUUCACCAGCUGCCCCUUCACCAACACCAUUACGCGAACCAUUGCGCCCAGUGGACCUCCUGACCCUGAUUGCUCUGUUGUUGUCACUGUCACCGAGUUCCCGGGUCCAAGGCCGACUGGUGUCUUAGAUGUGUCGGAAAUGGAUGUAUAG